AUGUCUCGUGUUUACGAAUCAAACGAAUAUUAUAAAAAUUUGAUGGGAGUUGACAACAGUUUGGAAAAAGAUUGCGGAGAAUGGAAGCGACAAAAGAGCGUGGCGCAAAAGAUAGUACAACAGCAACAUACAACAUCUAUGCCAAUCACAUAUAUUGCUCGCCCAAGCUAUCGUCCAAUAGAUGACGGAUUACGGCAAUCUGGGCGACCAAAAUAUCCAGAUAAAGUUAUGGCCAGUAACUCAAGUAUGGCAUGUCGUAGUGCAAAAUCACUAAAUACCACAAAUCAAAGUCACACUUUGCUGGAACUUCGAUCAUGCCCUGUUUCAUCACAAAUUUCAUCGAGUGAUAUUAUUAAUACCGAGCACGGUUUCACCAUUCAACUGAACACAAAGCAUUUCCAACCAAGAGAUAUUCAGAUAACAUUACAUCAGCAUACACUUAGUGUAAUCGGAGAUCGCUUGGAAGACGAUGGUACCGGUGCGCAAAGAUUACGCCGAAGUUUCACGCGGAAGUAUACAAUUCCUUCUGAUGUACGACUUUCCUCCAUAUCGUCCUACAUAACCAAUAAUGGUUAUUUAAUCAUCAAAGGUAGUCGGAAAGGCUGGAAAGAAACUGACUUAACAGAACAUUUGGCGUGUUCAUCAAUAUCCAACGAAUCAAUGAUUAGUGCUGUAUGA